GCCUCACAGGCGCCCAGAGGCCCGGCCAUGGAGAGCCCGGCGGCCGCCUUCACGCUGGCCUACGUGGUGCUGGCCGUGUGCUUCGUCUUCCCGCCCGACGAGUUCCACUCGGCCGGCCUGACGGUGCAGAGCCUGCUGGGCGGCUGGCUGGGCAGCGAGGACGCGGCCUUCGUCCAGUACCACCUGCGGCGGGGCACCGGCACCCUCCUGGCGCACGCCCUCCUUCCCCUCGGCUACUAUGUCGGCAUGUGCUUUGCAGCACCUGAGAAACAGCUCUGCAGUUUUUACCAGGCCCCAGACAGUUGGCGCAUCUUCUUCAUGUUGGCUGUCGUUGCUCCAACCGUUGCUGGACUCCUGGUAUAUUACUGGUCACAAAAUGAUUGGAAUAACCAUCCCUUAGUCCGGAUGAUCUCUUUGUAUGCACUUCCACAGUCAGGUUGGAGAGCGGUCGCUUCUUCCAUCAACACAGAGUUCAGGAGGAUUGACAAGUUUGCUACUGGGGCCCCAGGAGCACGAGUGAUUGUGACGGAUACCUGGAUCAUGAAAGUGACCACGUACUCUUUACAUGUUGCCCAACAGCAGGACAUCCAUCUCACGGUGGUAGAUUCUAGACAGCACGAACUCUUACCAGACUCAAACAUGCCUGCUCAGUUCCUCACAAUUCGUGUUGCCAGCAUUAAUCCCCACGUGAAAUCUUUUGAUAUCCGCUUGAAUUCAACCGAAUAUGGGGAGCUGAGAGAGAAGCUCCACGCACCCAUCCGUAAUGCUGCAAAUGUGGUGAUCCAUCAGAGCCUCAGUGACUUGUUUCUGGAAACCUUUACCACCAUGGUGGAGAUGAACCAGACGUACGCUGUUCCUAGCAACCAGGAGCUGGAGCCAUGUAUUGGGUGUAUGCAGAUUAAUGCAAACGUCAAGCUUCUGAAGAACUGUCAAGAGCCUCAUGAAGGAGAGUGCCAACAGUGCUACUGUCGUCCCAUGUGGUGCGUGACUUGUAUGGGCAAAUGGUUUGCCAGUCGGCAGGAUCAGCAGCACCCGGAAACCUGGCUAUCGAGUCAUGUGCCUUGCCCAACUUGCAGAGCCAAAUUCUGCAUUUUAGAUGUUUGUGUUAUACGAUGAACGAAUCCUGGGAUGCUCUCACCGUUUAAAUCCGGAAUGUACUUUAUAGCUGGAUGAACCUAUUGGUUAUUUUUGUGUGUGCAGUUCACUGCUGUGUUCAUAUCUUUUCUUACACUGAAACCCACUUUAAUUGCUGUAACCAAAACAACAGCUUCCUCCACCCCUAUCCUCUAUACCUUUGUGUUCCUCCCAGUGCUGUUAAAUUUAAAUGACAUUGUAGAAUCAUGUCUGACCUCUGCUAAAGCAGUAUAUCAGCUAGGCAUCUGUUGACAUUCUUUAAAAACAAAUCAACAGAAGGCUAACUUUAAUUUAUAAACAAUCAAAUAUGGUAUAACAUAGGGUACAAAUCAGUGAUCUGAAAUAUGCUUUUGUACAACUGUAAAUCAGUAUUAAUCUUUAUGGGAUCUUGGCCUUCUGCCUUUCUUGAUCUUUACAGCUUUAACUUCAUUAAAGAAGACAUACAGUUCUGUUUCAGAAUUAAGGAAUUCAACUGCCGUGUCUCUGAAAUGUCUGCAAGAAAGUUUCCCCUCUUUGGUUCACCUGAUUUGUUUCCUCAUAAAUGAGGUGUUCCUAAAGAAGCUUAAUAAUCCCAAACUAGUUUGCUGUGGUUCAUUUGUCUUCUUCACUUUAUUGUUAUGCAAACUGGUAUAAUGAGUCACAGUGACCUGGUAUGAGUUUUCUUUUCUCUGGAAUUGACAUUCCAAAGGUUUUGACAGAUAGAGCAGUUUGGUACGAUAGGCAAAUUUCAGUAUUUUGCCAGCAGUGUUUUAAACUUCAUUUAAAAUAAGUGUAAUAUUAUUUCAAAUAACAUAAGCAUACAAACUUGUAGCAUACAUCCAAAAGGCGCAUACACACACACGUGCACACACGCACGCACACACACACUGUUUCUUAUGUAUACUGGCAUUAACUACCAUUAAAAUAUUUUAUAACGCCUUUCUAUUAAGAGUCAAGCAUUUAACUUUUAGAAAUUAAGCACUGGGAAAAACAACUCCUUCUAUUAUAGUUUUCCUCACAGAAAAAACAUGAAGGAUUGUGAGGAAAAACAAUUUGGCCAAAGAUUUUUUAAAAUUUUUAAUUUAACUUCAUUUAUAAUAAUGAUAGUAACUGCACUUAUAUACCGCUCUUCUAGACAGAUUAGUGCCUCACCCAGAGCUGUGAACAAGUUAGUGUUGUCCCCACAAUGCAGCUGGGGAGCAGGGGCUGAGAGGAGUGGCUUUCCCAAGGCCACUUACUGAGCUCAUGGCAAUAGUGGGAUUGGUGCUGAUUCAUAGCCAAACCACUUUAACCACUGUGCUACAGCAGCUCUGUCUUGUUCCCCAGUGGGGAUCCAAAGAGUCUCAAUUUUACCCUCACAACAACCCUAUGAGGUAGGUUAGGCUGAGAGUGUGCAAUGGCUCCAUAUCACCCAACAAGCUUCAAUAGCAGUGUAGGAAUUUGAAUCUGGGUCUCUAGAUCCUAGUCCAACACUCUAACCACUACACCAGGCUGGCCAAAGAAAAUUAAGGAAUAGAAGUCCUCAAGUAGCGUUUGGUUAGGUCUGCCCUUCAAAACAGAAUGCAGUAGUGCAUUAAUGAAAAGUCGAAAAGAGUCCAGUAGCACCUUUAAGACUAACCAACUUUACUGUAGCAUAAGCUUUCGAGAAUCACAGUUCUCUUCGUCUGAAAGCUUAUGCUACAGUAAAGUUGGUUAGUCUUAAAGGUGCUACUUGACUCUUCGAUUUUGCUACUACAGACUAACACGGCUAACUCAUCUGGAUUAAUGAAAAAUGUUAAUCUAGCACUCUUGUGUCCACCGACACGUUAACUACAACAGAGCAAAGUUUUGAGCUACCCAGAAAUCUUAAUCCAGGAACAAUGAAGGCCAAACCAUAUGUGACAGCAUUCUCAUGUUUGACACAGACAAUGAUGCCAUAUUAAAACCUAAAAUGGGCAAUGUAAAAAUGGCACCAGGGCCUUACUCUAAUUAGGCUCACAGAGCAGUGGCAUGAGGCGCUUUUGUUUGCCCCCUCCACUAUGCCAUUUCAACUGCUAAGACAACCAUGCUCUCCAUGGGGGGACGAGCCCCUUGUCCUACUGUGCUGCUGGCCUGAGCAGGAUCAGGCAUUCUCAAUUUGCCCAUUUUAGGCUUUAAAAUGGCAGCAGCGCUGGCACCAUGUCAAACACGAGAAACACUGUUAUUGUCUAGUUUGGCCCUAAUUUUAGUACAAAUCAACUUCCCUGUUAAGUGUCCUUAUAAUUGCAGCUUGAAAAUUAAAACAUGUUAAGGGCAGCAUGGUAUGAGCAGGAAACGGCAACCAGUGCAAAUCAAAACUCUUCAAUUUUAUUUGUGUAUAGUGUUUCGAUUCAGCCUUACCUGGUCUAUGAGUGGUAAAUCCAGUGAAGUCUCACAUUGCACUUUGAAUAUUCAUCCAAAGAUUGUGUGCUGUUUAUCCAGUUGCUUUAAAAAAAAACAGAUUUCAGUUUGGAGCUGUAAAAAUAAAACUCUGUUACCUGUUCUAAAUA